GCUGCCACUGACAGCGACAGCGGACAGUGUUUUUUUAGUCUUUAUCUUGCUGUCGAGGUGUAAGUACGUGUAGUUUUACAAUUUUUGUUCAGGAGUGAGAAGUGGAACUUUUCUUUUAAAUUUUUGCUGUUUAAUUUAAUACCUAGUAUCAAAAUGAAUAUUAUUCAACGAGCUGUGAUAUUUUUCAUCGUAAUAGUGUGUAUCCAGUGCCAAUCAUCAUUAAAUGACCUAGAUGCUGACAAAAUAAAAAGUAAAAUAGAAAAAGGUCUAGGAGAUUUAAACAUAGACAUUCCAGAUGUAGAUUUAAAUUCUACGAGUAUGCCAAAUGCCGAGGAUAUAGAAAAAGUGCUUAGAGAAAAAUGCGAGAAGAAUGGAGCAACUGACGCAGUAGAUUUAAUAAAGGAAGAACAAGAAAACGCUCGUAUUUGCAUAGAAAAAUACGUUAAUUUUACAACCAUAGAAGAGGAACUGGAAGAGAAGAAAAAGACAGGUUCUAUGGAUGAAGUAUUCUCAAAAUACUGUAAGAAAUGGCCAGAUAUUAAGGGAUGUUUCGAUAAGGCCGUUUCUAUUUCAAGAUCGUGUAUGGAUAAAAAAGAAGAAGACGCCUUUAAUAGAACGCUGGAUAUUAUAAACGAUUUGCAAGAAUUUAUGUGUUACAAGGAUGGAGAUAGAUUAGCCAUGUUUGUUGCUGAAGGUGGCGUCGAAUGUAUGUCAGAGAGAAAAGAUGGUGUACAAGAAUGUGUAAAUAAAACCCUUGGCUCAAGAAUCCCUGAUGCAGAUGAUCUUUCUGUUACAAAUUUACCAGUUAUGCUUUUUACGGAUAGAGAUUGCGAUGAUUUCGAAGAAGUCAGAGAAUGUGUUAACCAUGAACUAGAGAAGUGCAAGGAUAGUACCCCCGCAAACAUCGUCGACGCAUUCUUCAAAUUCUUAAAGAAACAACUACCUUGUAAAGGAAGUCUAGCACAGAAGAGCACCAAACCAAAUUCAGCUUUUGCCAUAUCUAGCAGUUCGAUACUUUUGGCUAUUUCCUUUUUGUACGUCAGGCUGUAUUAAACUUUUUAAAUUUUUACAGUGGGUGAGCGGAUAAUUCUUACGCAUCUACAGUUAUUAUGCCAUAACUAUAAUUUUAUUACUUAUCAGUAGUGAGAUUUAAGUUUAGUAAAUAUAUUCUGAAGCAUUGAGUUGUUUAUAUGGUUGUGAGAACUUAUUAUCUGCACAAAGAAAGCAUUUAAACAAUAAAUUUUUUUUAUUUAAAAUUGUAUUAGGCAAAUAGGUAACGUGUGAUCCAAAAUUAUUGUCACCAUAGGUGGCUCUGAACGACAGAGAUAGCUAUACAGUGCAUGUCUAUUCUUAAUUCAGAUAUACUUUCCAGUUUACGUCAACUUUGCAGUGUACGUCAACUUAACAAGAAAAUUAAGGUUAUGUAGAGAGAUCUUGUUUGAUUUUAUUUAUUAUUAUUACUUAUAAUUUUGUUAAUUCUUUUUAUUUUUGAUUAAAGUUCUGGUUUUGACUGAUUUUUUAUGUUUUAUAACGUUAAUCAAAAUUAAUUGAUAAACCAAUGAUAUAAAUUCAGAUUAAAACAAGACAUACGUAAUUUUUUGCAUGGCUAGCUUUGAUCCCAAUAAUUGUGGAUCGCUCGUUAUAUCAAACCUAUAAUAAAGUGAAAGGAUUAAAUCCAAAAACAAGCUGAGAAUACGAGCAAUAUCAUAACGAAAAUUUUGUUUACGGUUAUCAAAAAUCAUCUCUAUAUUACUAUAUUUAAGUGAAAUAUAUGUACAGUAUUUCUCAUGAUCAUUUUUCAGUGCGUAACAAAUGAUAGGAAAAAGGGUAAGUCCGUGAUAAUACACAUUUAUGACAUUUAUUCUAACAUGACAUUUUAGUUAAAUCUGACAGUUGUCACAUUUUAUUUUCAAUUUGGAAUGUAAACAAAUCAAAAGUGUUUCUUGCAUUUAUAAAAUGGUAUUUUCUUUGAUUUGUAUAGUCUUAUAAAUUAUACAGAUUAUAUUUGUAAUAUUAUUAUCUAAUUAAAAAAAAAUUAUUUUUUUAUUAUGGCGCCAUCUAUCGACAACUAGAAUAACUAGAAUAACUGUUAUAAAAAUGUCACCGACGAAAUGUAAUCACCGACGUGCCUUUUUUUCUGUCACAUACAAUUUAAUGCGUUAGAAAGAAAUCGAAAAACUGUGACGCACUGAAAGAUGAUCAUGAGAAAUACUGUAUAAUCUGAAUUUACAUAAUAUAUCGUAUUCCUAAAGUCGAAAAUGUAAUUUUUCGACUUUGGGAUCGGUUAUUUCGAAUUUGGUUUGAGAUAUCAAACUCGCAAGAUGAUAUUCCUUCUUCUUCUUAAAGUGCCCAUCCGUUCUGGAUGUUGGCGAUCAUCAUGGCUAUCUUGACUUUGUUUACCACAGCGCGAAAUAGUUCAGCGGUAGUCGUGUUAUACCACUUUCGUAAAUUUUGAAGCCAGGAAAUGCGUCUUCUUCCCGGUCCUCUUUUACCAUCCGUUGGAGAAGGCCGUAGCAUUUCUCAUUACAUGUCCUAGAUAUUCUAAUUUUUUCGUUAUGAUGGUCAUGAGAAUUUCACACUCUUUCCCCAUUCUACGCAGUACUUCUACAUUAGUAAUUCGGUCAACCCAGGAUAUACGUAAGAUGCGCCUAUAACACCACAUUUCGAAAGCUUCGGACCGAUUCAUAGAUGCAACAGUUAGUGUCCACGCUUCCAUUCCGUAGAGCAGAACUGUAAAUAUGUAUCAUUUCAACAGACGGUAUUUUGUUUUUAAUGAUAUGUCUAGACUCUAGACUAUUGAAAAAGGGUCUCAUUCCAACGAAUGCUGCUUUUGCUUUUAUUAUUCACUGUUUAAUUUCUGUUGAGUGGGUCCAUUGGCUAUUUAAAUUGGUGCCUAGAUAUGUAUAUUGCUCCACUCUUUCAAUAUUCUGUUGUUUGAUUGUAAGUUGAGUGUUUAGUAUGAUUUUCCUAAACUAGGUAAAAAACACAUUGAUUUGAUACCUAUAUCAUAUGCCAUAAAUCAAAAAUUCGAUUUUUUGACUUUGAGGUCGGUUGAUAUCGAAAUGGUUUUUAAAUUUGGAUUCAGGAGACAAACUGCAUAAGAAUCCAUCGUAGAUCGACUCACAAGUAUUUCAGGGGCGGCGAUGUACAAACGAACGAAUCAACGAACAGACUUUGCGAAUUUAUAUACGAAAACGAAGUUUUCGUUGAAAAUAAAUGAAUUCAUCGAUUAAGCUGUCCUUAGUAGCAAAGUAAUGUAAAGCAUGUAGUGCUAUCAAACGCUGUAUUGCGUAUGCCAGUGGCGGCUCGUAUCACUUUAAGUAGGUAGUGCCAGAAUUCGGGCAGCUGCCUAAAUUUUUAGUGACGGGUUCACAAUAUGGUCAAAAAAGGUAUAAAAUAGAAAUUAAAAAAAAUAGGUACGGAUAUUUUUACAUUAUGUAGGUAUAUACCAUUUCUGGGGUGUCAAGAAAUUUAAACAUUUAAAAUGCAUUCAGUGAUUGAUUUGACAUCAUGUCCGUCCAACAAGUAAAAUCUCCAAAAUCUCUCAACUUAUCGCCCUUUACACAAAUAUCGGAAAACUAUAACUAACUGAAAUUCACCAGCGACGCGACGUCUGUCGUUUCAUCGGCAAUCACUGCAACACAAAGAUAAUUUUCAAUUUCUUUCCUUAUUUCCUCGUGAUAAACAUUUAAGAUGCACUGAAGGAGUUCAUUUUGUGUUGUUUUGAGGUACAUGCUUUUAAAGAUUUGGAACUUUGAAUAUGAACCGAAGUCGUUGUCUAAUUCGGCUAACAUUGAACAGUUCCAUAAAGAUGCCUCUAUUUUCUGAAUUUUCCUUUUCGUCGUGAUUUCUCAAAACUAACUCGAAAGCUUCACAAAACCAUAUAGAUAUAAUUUUUAAUUUGAUUCAAAACAUAUCGAUUCUUAAUCCACUUCUUGUUCAUUGUGUUUAAUUAGACUAUCACGAUAAGCUGAAUUUAACUCGGGUUUUAUUAAAAAUUAAAAAAUUUUAAAUUACUUAAAAAUAUAAUAGUUUAGAAUAAAAAGUUUAAUCAUUAAAAAUGUAAUAAUUAUAAAUACAAAAACGAGCGAGCGAGCGCGUAAAAAAACUCGAAAAGAUAAUGUAGGUACUACCCUGUACGAGAAGCUUUUUGGAUCUGAUCUACGAUCCACUAUUCACUAUGAUGAGCAUAGUAAAAAAUAUUAGAUCUUCCUGCCUUGUCGAGCCAGGCACGAAUAGUUUCAUUUAAACGUGUAUUAAAAGUGCAAUAUAGCUCUAUCUCUGUCACUUACAUAGAAUGCCCGUAAAAUCUUUCUCUUUUCAGCUGAGCCAUCUAAGCUUUUGGCACGAUGCGAUGCGAUCAUCCCGUCCGCUGUCUGUGAGUGGCGAGGGUUGUACUACACUGCACAGUUGCCAGAUUUUAUAUAAUUUAUAAAGAGAAAAGAAAUACGCACAAAAAAUGAACGGGCAUUAAAACGGUUUAAAGAUAAAAAAAAAUAUGUUUCUGCAUAAAAAUAAGGUAGUGUCAUGGCACUACCUCACCGGCCGCCACUGGCGUAUGCAGAAUAUUUCAAAUAAACUAAAAUUCCAGAAUUUCGUUCUGCAUUAUACAAAACUUGAUUUAUGUUUAUAUAAAUUAUAAACAUGUAAAUUUUGGUGCUAUUAAAUUAAGUGUAAAAUUAUUAGGCAUGGUAAAGUUAUAAAAAAAUAACCAAAUCUUUUGUUUGUUAAAAUUCUUAGAAGUAACAAGUUAAUUAACUAUUUAAAGUUAUUAAUAAACAAUUAGAAGGUAAAGAGAAAUAAAACCACUUCUAAUUCGAUUUCUAUGAAAAAAGUCAAUAUAUGUGGAAAAAUUUAAAAUUUCUUCAAUACUGUUUCCUUGGUUUUUACGCUACCAAAAUACGUUUGAUUUAUCGAGUCACAUUGAAACUAUCAAUGUAUUAAUAAAUUUGUAAUGUUCAUUAGUCAUUUAAUAUUAAAAUUUUUAGGAUUACAUGUCAUUAUUGCGUAAUAUAGUUUUGCAUUUCAAAGCUAGUCCUAUUGAACUGGAUUCUACUUGUUAGGAAAAAAGAAAUAAUUAGAAAUUUCAUAAAUCUUUUACAAUUUUCAAUAUUCCAUGAAUGUCUUUUUGCUGUUUCAAAAUUUCAUUUAAAUCAAAUUUCAAGACAAUCUAUAUUUGCUUUAUAGCUGCCUUUAGUUAUUAAAUUUGUACUAUAUUCCUGAUCCAAUAAAAUUGGUGGUAGAUAAAGAUUGAUUUUUAACAUUAUUAGGUUUGGGCUAAGUAUCUACUAGUCUGGGUACGUCUAGCGUUACAAUGUAUAACGUAUAGUGCGAAUAACGUGCGCAAAAUGGCGAUUUUCGCUAAGAGUUACCUAAGGCCCGUCCGGCGAAACGAUCGGAUUUUCUGUAUUCAUUCAGUGGCGUAUUUUCAAGAAGUUAGUUAAUAUAUUAUUAUGUGUCUUUAUGUAAAUUUUAGAAUGGCUUCUUUAUUUUUGAUUCAAAUAAUGGAUAUGUUAAAUGAUUUAUUAGUCGAUUAAAAAUACGCUAUAACCUAGACCAGAGGUUCUCAAUCUUUUUGAGUCAGGUACCACCAAAUACUUUUUAUUAUUUUUGGUACCACCUAACUAAAAUACCUGUCUAGCUAGGUGAUCUAAUUAACUAUAAUUGUGCCAAUGGUGGUGCUGAUUUUGGCUGUUUUGACUUUGCGUACCACCUCAAAUAAUGAAAUGUACCACCAGUGGUACAUGUACCAGAGAUUGAGAACCGCUGACCUAGACCUUAAGAUAUAUAAAAUUAUUGUUAAUUUGUCCGUUAACAUUUUGCUAUUUAAUAAGGGCCGGCGUAGCUCAGGCUGUAGGAUAUCUGACUCGCAUGCUGGUAGGCCGGGGUUCGAAACCCGCGCCGGCGAGAACAUCUAGAUAUUUUUAAAAAUGUCUAUAGGCCCCAGGUCGACUCAGCCUGAAUAAAAUUAGUAAUUUGGGUAAAACCAGGGGUAAUAAUAGGCGGUUGAAGCGUAGCACUGACCCUGUUACCUUUCUUGUAUACCGUAGGCACUAGAUAUAGCAGACUACCCUGCUAUAAUCCCAAAGCCGCUUUAGCGGUAUAAAACGGGAGACUAUUAUAAUAACAGAUACAGAUAAUAGAUUUUUUUUAAUUACUGUGAUGCAUGCUGUAUUCUUUCAGUUUCGGCUCAGGAAAUAUUAUUUGUUAACUUCCUCAGAAAUUGUGUGCAGAUAAUAAGUUAAUACAAUCUAACCCCAAUUUUUAAUAUACACAGGAAUCGACACGUUUUUUUUAUAUUAUUUCAUAAAAAUUUUUACACACCUACUUAAAACGAGUCUUUUAAUAGUGAAUUAGUGAUGCUGCCAAAUAUUUAUGAACCCGAUUUAUCAGACUUAAUGUUGUACUUAGGUUACAUCAUAAUCUUAAUUGUGAACACUGACUACAUAUCCCUUAAAUGUAACUUUAUCAGUCUUUCCAUUUUUUACUACUGAUAUACCCUUGUCUAUGUCAAAAAAUAGUAUAAACUUGUGAUAUAUGAAAUAUAGUAAUUUUGGAUUUUAAUAUAUUUAUAAAUGUUCUUAAGACCUUUUUUAAUAAAUGUAUAUAUUUUAA